CUCCAGUCUAGUCGUGAAUUACAUUACGAACGGUAUAGUGUGCUCGUGUCGCUGGCUCUGCGUUUCAUACACAUCCAAGUACAACCUAAGAAGAAGGAGUCGUCGUCGCCGUCGGUCGUGAAAAAGUGACUUGUUUUGAGUUCUUCCGGAUUAUUUGGUGCAUUUCGCUACAGGCGCAUAGUUGCACAGUCGGAUAGAUUUCCCCGUGUGAUAGCAAUAGAUAUAGAAUUACGUAUAAAGUGAGUGGCGUGUGUGCGUGUGUGGAUAAUAAAGUGUUCGCCAACAACAGGAUUAUGAAAAUAUGAGUGCAUCGACGCCGACACAGCCCGCCGGGCCUCCAGUUCCCCCGGUGAAGCCAAUCCUAUCAUCGCCCGGUGCCUACAUGGCCAACUUUCAGUCGAGCCCGCUCAAUUCGUCGGGAAACGGUAACCCGGUGACACCGGGAACCACCAGCCCGGCGGCACCCAUCACCGCCGGUAUCCACAGUAGCAACAAAACGCACGAGAAGCCAACGAUAGCGGCCCGACCGAUUCCACCUCCGACGCUGCCAAAAUAUUCGUCCUCGUUCAACAAAAUCGACCGCGAUCGGAACGAGUUCACCAAGAUCGACAAGGCGGAACGGGAGAAGCUCCAGUCAAAGCGUGAAAUGUUCUUCAAAUCGGAGAGUAACAGUCCAUCGGGGCCACCUCCGAAUCCACCGGUGCUAAGCAAUCUCAACCUGGCGAACAAUAACGUAGUGAAUAACAGCGCAUCGCAUCUAAACAAUGCCAACUCUGUGGGCGAUAGACAUUCAAUUAACUCGCAUACUAAUAGCUCCAUCGGCCUGUCGUCUAACGUCACUAACAUGAACAACAACAACAACAACAAUCACAACAGCGCCACAAGCAACGGUACGAGCGUCAAUGGACUGUCCAAUAGUUUAACUAACAUUUCGUUAAAAGAGAAACGUGACGCAAUCCUGAACGCCAACAAUCACCACGACGGGUUGUUGCAGAACAAUGGUCACCACGAUUCAAACAAGAUGCUUAACGAGCGUCAUGAGAAGGAAAAACCCAUCGUCAAAUCGAAGCCCAAGGAGCUCGAUGGGUAUGUUGGGUUUGCGAAUCUACCGAACCAGGUGUACCGGAAAGCGGUGAAGAAAGGUUUCGAGUUCACCCUGAUGGUUGUGGGUGAAACUGGCCUCGGCAAGUCAACCCUGAUCAACUCGAUGUUCUUAUCGGACGUGUACCAUCCCGAGCAGCACCCAGGACCAUCAAAACGGAUCAAGAAGACGGUUGCAGUGGAGAGCACUAAAGUAUUACUCAAAGAGAACGGCGUCAAUCUUACGCUGACAGUUGUAGACACACCCGGUUUCGGAGAUGCAGUUGAUAAUAGUAAUUGUUGGAAGCCAAUCGUGGACUUUGUCGAGAACAAAUACGAGGAGUAUCUGACGGCGGAAUCGCGUGUCCAGCGGAUGGCCAUUCCCGAUACACGUGUGCAUGUGUGUCUCUACUUUAUCGCACCAUCCGGCCAUGGGCUGAAGCCGCUCGAUAUCGAGUUCAUGCAGCGGCUGUGUGAUAAGGUCAACAUCAUUCCAGUUAUAGCCCGGGCGGAUACACUCACGCCGGAGGAAAUUACGCUGUUCAAAAAACAGAUUCUCAACGAAAUUGCUCAGCACAAGAUCAAGAUCUACGACUUCCCGGAUCCCUCGGACGAGGAGGAGGACGCCAAAACGCUACGACAGUUGAGGAGCCGCGUGCCGUUCGCUGUGGUCGGUGCUAAUGCCAUCGUGGAAAUAGACGGACGCAAAGUUCGUGGCCGUCGACAUCCAUGGGGCGUGGUUGAAGUUGACAACCUGGAUCACUGUGAUUUCGUUGCGCUGCAAAAUAUGGUCAUUCGGACACAUCUGCAAGAUUUGAAAGAUGUGACCAACAAUGUACACUACGAGAACUACCGCUGUCGGAAGCUAGCCGGUUUGGGUAACGAUGGAAAGUCCAAGCUGAGUAAUAACAUAUGCAAUAUUGGAACGAUUAACGCAAACUCAUUUGGUACUGGAUGGAACCCACUGGCACAAAUGGAGGAGGAAAAGCGCGAGCACGAAUCCAAGAUGAAGAAAAUGGAAGCUGAGAUGGAACAGGUGUUCGAGAUGAAGGUCAAAGAGAAAAAACAGAAACUGAAGGAUUCCGAAGCCGAAUUGACCAGAAGACACGAGGAGAGGAAAAAGGCCCUGGAGCUGCAAAUCCGUGAGCUGGAGGAUCGCCGAAAAGCAUUCGACAUCGAAAAGGCCGAAUGGGAGCAGCAGAACGGUGUGACGCUGGAAGAACUCCGGCGCAAGAGCCUCGAGGCCAAUAGCAAAGAAACAAUGGACAGUAAAGAUAAAGGUAAGAAGAAGAAGGGUCUGUUUUAAAGGUCGAGCCAAAGGGGUUGUGUUCCGCUCGAUCUGCUUUACGUCUCGAGCUCGUUGAGUGCAAAAAAAAAAUCAGCAAAUGCAAGCUAAGCAGACGACUCCUUCUUCCGAAGCGAACAGACAAACAAACACAACCACAUCCACAUGCACAUACGCAUCCAAACAAACGUUCUUCGACUAGUACCACUAUUCCUCUAUAACCUACUGCUAGUACUGUUAGAUCUACUACCACAAUUGUUAGUACUACUACCGAUACUACUGCAAUGGCUCGUCACUGUUUUACAUAAGCAUUGAAACAACAAGAACCAUAGACACAAACGAGAGUACCCUGUGUUGAAGUACUUUUGUAAAAGUAGUUCCCUACUACUACCCCAAGCUACAGAUAGCAAUGACAGAUAUGUAAUUCCAAUACAUACAUGAUAAUCGUGUAGGGCAUAGCAGGCGUUUAAUUGUAGGUUAAAAUAAGAAUACUUUUCCGGUCUUUUCUUUUCGUUUGUUUCGUACAUAUGUGGUAAGCUAAGACAAAGAUGUGAACAAUUAUGAUAUUCGUAUAUAGACGAUGGAGCGUAUAAUGCAAUGUAAUGUUUUUUUUUUAUUUACUCCGGCAAAAGAAAAACAAAAAUCGGCAUUUUCGCUGCAAGUAAAAAAAUAAACAACGCGCACACAUUUAAGAAAGAAAUACACUCAUUCAUUCACUCACUCACAAUCACAAGCAAUUCGACAAUGCGAGUGCGAUCGAACAACUGAGCAAGCGAUACGACGAAAAUGACGACACAGGCGAACAACAAUGUGUAAUCGUUUAACGGAUAUGCCAUAUAUAUAUUUAGAGUAUGUAUAUUUAUUAAAUUAUUUUAUUUUUUUAAAAGUUUAUUUUUAUAAAAUAAAGUUUUUUGAAACUAUUUUGUACACCCCUUGCACUGCAAAGCAAAUACACAAACACGUUCACAGCGAAAGUUUGGGCCAACGGUUAGGCAGGAUGAAAAGUUAUGUAUGUACACCAAACUUAUUUGAUCAAAGUACACCACAAACGCGAAUGAUAGAUGAAAGAUAGAGCGAUGACAGGCAAGGCUUUCUUUGUUUAUUCAAAGGGUUAUUUUUUGUAAAAAGUAAAUAAGAUUUAAACAAUAGAUCAGGUACGGCGCUUUGAUAGCAUAAAUUAUAAUACAUAUGAACCCACAACACAGGUAAAGAGACGGAGAGCAAAUGGACACUGAAAAAAGAGAGUUUCUCAUAUUAUAGGACAGGUCAAAAUGCAAUUUUAUCAUCGAUUUCAACAUAGUGGUAGCAUGAAAGGAAUAGUAAACUUUUAAUCCAAGUUAGUAAACUGAACGCAUUAACGAUUACAGGUGAGGCCGAAAUCGUGUGCAAAUCGGGAAGCAAUUUAUCAACGUAACAGCAAAGCCACCGUUUCUAGUUUUAAAAUAGACACGAUUUAUAUGAAGCAAUUUUUUGUAGCGGCUGGUACCUGUUUGAAUAUAUUUUUUUUCAGUCAGAGCCAGUAAAAUUACACGCAAAACUUUUUGUGCACCGAUUUACAGUAAAAAAAAGCAACAAUAGAAAAUUUUGAAUAAUUAUCUAAGGCUAAGCCAAACAAAGAGUUUCCAGUUCGCCUAUUCCAGAUAGGAACAAAUACAACGAAGUUAGUAUUUUUCCGGCGCAUUUUGCGCCUGCUUCACGACGCACUCUUUCCCGAUCACUCGAACUCAGUUCGUUCAUGUAGCUAAGGACCAGUAUGCUAAAGAUUUCGACGAAGCUGUCAUCUAUACGCGGCACUGUAACAGUGUUGCCAAAAAGGUCUCUGUUUUUAUCCAGUAUUCAUUUCUUCGCUAAACAGUUCUUAUCAUAUUUAGAUAGAGUGAAGCUCCCACAAAUAAUCUGCGUGAGUCUGUCCCGGUUCGGUGGUGUAAGGUUGUUUUCGAGCAUGAUUAGUACAUUAGAUGGUAUAUGAUCAUUGAACAAUUGGAAGGAUAAGCAGAAAUUGGAGAUUGACAACCUAUUUAUGGUAGACUUGGUAGACAACAUUUAGCUGGAGUUUGACGUCCUCGAGAGGUCUUGAUGCGAUAUUUUUUGAUGCUGAGAUGGAUUGGAUUUUGGCGGAUAUCCCCUGCUCGUUGGCAACGCUGGAUCCUCUUUUUACGCGACAGAUGCGUGUACGUAUACAUUUAAAGUCGCGUGAAAAAGUGAUUUUGCUUGAGAGAAAAAUUCCUGGAAGGGAAGAGGUAAAGACCGAGGAAGUUUACUUCGAGAAAAUCACUCAAACAAAUUACUUAAAAAGAGAACCAAGUGUAUCUCCCUUUUCGGAUAUCAUUCCACACAGUAGAAGAACGAAAAGAAUGACAAAUUUUUAGUAUUGUUCAGAUGGUAAGUGAAAAGAAUUGAUCCAUGAUGAAGCUUCUAUAAAUGGCAUAUUUCUGUAGCAACAACUGAAUUGGGCGUAUGAUCAAAUGCAGAAUUUAUUUCCCUUGCGAUCAUCUCAGCAAAAGCAAUUUUUCAUCAAACUGAUUUUAAAUAGUUGGUCCCAGUAAUGCUAAUUUUCAGAAUUAUAUCUAAAGACUGCUACUCCGUAAAAACAAAGAAUGAUUUUUUUGUCUGAUAUUUGAUCAUAUGUCACAUGUUGCUCCAGUUUUGUUAUGUGUUGGUGAGACUUUGAGUCGAUCUGUAUAAAUCAUCAGCAGUAUUCAAGUAAGUAUUUACACAAAAUAGUUCGAUUCGAAUCUCAAUCCGGGUCAACAUACAAAUUUAAUGUGGCUUUGGAAGUGACGCAAUUUCUGUCAUUUUUCAUCUAAGUAAUCUUCAUAACUAAACUGAAUCAGUUAGGUGUAAGAAAUAAUUAUAACAUAAGCUAAAUUGUCUGUAUCACUUUGGAUACCUAUUCGAAGCAACUCUACAUAAUCACUACUCAAUCAAUCGCGUAUUUAUAAAGUUUUAUUCCUCGGGAUUGGUUUGUCGCAAGAAAAGUGUAGUUUAGUCAAAAUAAAACUAAUUUAUUGAACUCCACAAAAAACAUUGCCUAAUUACUCGGACUACGUUCGAACGAAUUCGCGAGCUUUUCUUGUUUCGACCACCUUCUGCCGCUCAUUGACCAGUAUCAACCUCGGCCAUUUUUUUUUCAACUUUGAGCCAUCUGUGCAGCGUCCUAUUGAGUUUUCUUUAACAUCUGUUAGGUAAUUGCCCAUCUUCGGCUGUAGUUCAACAGGUAUGUUUGCUUAUACAACUUCGACGGUGAUGGAAAAGUUUGGUUUUUGUACCACAGGUGUAAAUUGCUUGCCAGACGCUCAGGUCCCGGCAAAUUUUUCAGCGGAAACAAACUUGAAUUUGCUGGGCACAUUAUCCGGUGACUCGUCAUUUUCAGGGCAAAAAGCGCCGCCUGGAAGAGUCUGAGAGAGACAGGAGAUAGAGCUGCUGUAUCGCUCUCAGGAAACGCGGGCGUUCUUCAAUAAGCUGAAUGACUCUCGCAAUGGUUUUGUGCCGCGGGCCGAAAUGUGUAGAGACAAGGAAGGUGGCAUCUUGACGGACGAUCAAGAGGUGGUCGAAAGGUGGAGGCAGUACUACAAUGAACAUCUGAAUGGUGCGUAGGCGGACAAUCGGGCGUUCGAGGAGGACGAUUAUGUCAGUGUCGCAGCCGACGGGAAUGUACCGGCGCCCACUAUGAAUGAGGUUAACGAGGCUAUUCAACAGCUCAAAAACAACAAGGCAGCUGGUAAGGAUGGUCUGGGAGCGGAACUCUUCAAGGUGGGUCCGAAGAAACUGACGGAAUGCAUGCACCGAAUAAUCGAAAUAAUCUGGGACAGAGAACAGCUACCGGAGGAGUGGAAGGAAGGGGUCAUCACCCCGAUAUACAAGAAAGGCGACAAAUUGGACUGUGAAAACUACAGAGCGAUCACAGUGACAAAUGCCGCUUACAAAGUGCUAUUCCAGAUUCUGUUCCGGCGCCUAUCACCGCUGGUAAAUGGAUUUGUCGGGAGUUAUCAGGCCGGUUUCAUCAACGGCAGAUCAACAAACGACCAAAUCUUUACUAUACGCAAACCCUCCAAAAAUUCCUUGAAUACCAGGUCCCGACACAUCACCUGUUCAUCGACUUUCAAGCCGCAUAUGACACGGUGGACCGUGUAGAGCUAUGGAAAAUGAUGGACGAGAACGGCUCCCUGGGAAACUGACAAGACUGAUUAAGGCUACGAUGGAUGGUGUAAGGUGUUGUGUCAAAAUUUCUGGCGGCCUCUCGGGUCCGUUUGAAACACGCAGGGGACUAAGACAAGGCGAUGGGUUGUCCUGCCUGCUGUUCAAUAUAGCGCUGGAAGGUAUAAUGUGAAGAGCGGGGAUCUGUUUACCCGACUGAAGCGCGAAGCAGCACGAGUAGGACUGAAGAUAAAUGUGUCUAAGAUGAAGUACAUGCUGGCUGGCGGAACCGAUCGCGAUAGGGAACGCUUGGGCAGUAGUAUUACGAUCGACGGCGACGAGUUCAUCUAUCUAGGCUCAUUGGUGACUGCGGACAAUAACACUAGCCGGGAGAUCAAAAGGCGUAUUAUGCCUGAAAGUCGUGCUUACUAUGGGCUCCACAAAACUUUGAUAUCUAGGAAACUUCACCACCGCACGAAAUGCGCCAUGUACAACACACUGAUUAGACCGGUGUUUCUCUACGGGCACGAAACGUGGACAAUGCUCGAGGAGGAUCUGCAAGUACUCGAAGUCUUCGAAAGAAGUGUGCUGAGAACGAUCUUCGGUGGUGUGCAGAAGAAUGAACCACGGACUUGCGCGACUCUAUGGUGAGCCAAGUAUCCGGAAAUUAGCUCAAGCUGGAAGGGUACGGUGGGCGGGGCAUAUUGUGAGGAUGCCGGACAACAACCCCACCAAGUUGAUUUUCACCUCCAAGCCGGUAGGUACAAGACGGAGAGGACCGCAGCGUUCCCGGUUGCUGGACUAAGUGGAGCAGAACCAGGCGAGUAUCGGGCACCUGACAGGUUGGAGACAAGCAGCAACUGACAAAUUGACGUGACGGAAUAUUGUGGAACAGAUUAAAUCAUGAUAAUAUGAUGUAUAACCAGGGAUUAUAUUAUCCGGUGAUGUGAUCAGAUAAAAUAUUUUUUCCGGGAACCUGUCUGAAAGUCAUUUAACAUAGAUUUCACCGUCCAUGCGAAGGUAUCCUCUGUAUUGUAUUUUGUUAGAGGCCUGUCUUACAGCAUCCAAGCGCAUGCUUUGGCCAUUCUACUUCAUCGUCCUCUACGGUUACGAAAUGAACGUAGACGGAUCCUCGGCCAGUACAACGACUGACACCGUAUUAUAUGGUAACAACCCGAUCCGAGAGUCCUCUGUGUCCUUUGAUCAACACCUUCCAGUUCAACUGCCAAUGCCUCGGACUUCCGACGUGGGUAUGGCGGAUCAAUUUCCUUUUCUCGUCUUUCAUCUGUCAUAACAUUUUUAACACUUCACGUAUCGAGACGAAGCCUUCACUGCUUAAACAAGUGAUCUUUCAAAACAAAUCGCUGUCAAAUCAUUUCUAAUCCGAGCACUAGAAGCGCUAUUAUAGAAUAUUUUCAGAUUCAGAUUUUCAGAUUCUAAGUGAAGAAGACUUUACGCAACGGAAGUGCAACAAAGAAAAACCAUUCCAUAAUUUUUCGUGGUCAUAUCUAAUAUUCUUUCUAUUUUGAAAACUUGUGAUUCAAAAAUUAUUGGGUUCAAAUAGGUAGAAUGAAAUGGCUUAGAUGAAUUCAAGAUAAGACAAGACGGGCGGAAGCAAUAGCAGACCGGGUCGACAAAGAUUCAGUUGGUCGCAAGCAAAGGGCUGACUUACGAGCUUUUCAAAAUUUUCAGGCAAGUGGCCAUUAUUUUACGCGACGACGCCUGUGGCUACAUGAACCAUGAAAAUUUGAUGAGACUACAGGAAGCACUCGAAGGUGACGCACUUGAGUCGGUGUCUGGUUAGUUAGUCCUUCCAGAAACGAUUCCCAGAGUCAUGGAGAAGUUGCGUCGGCAUUAUGACCGCACGGAGCAACUGCUGAAGAGUUUAUUAGACAAAAUCAACCGGACAAUUUGAAAAGUUUUGUUCCUUUCGGGAAUACGGUGGAACAACUUUGUGACCAUCUGGAAGCUGCCGAUUAACGGCAGCAUCUCGUCAACUUGCUGCUAACAAAAUCGCUGGUCGUUAAGCUGGCCACACUAAAACGACGUUGCGGACGCUCAUGGAUUUGGUGGGAGAUGCCUGCGAAGCCAACGCCACAACCCGCAAAAAAGACGUUGAAGAGAAGGGUUGUUUGUACCUUUACAGCGAAGUAAGCAGUCCUGCCGUCUCGCAACGAAUGAUGUAAGGAAGUUAAGGCCGUUCAAUCAAUGUCGGGGCACGGACCACCGUCUGCGGCAUUGUGUGGAUUUUGGGAAGCUGCGCUAUGUGGAGCAAGUGAAGCUGGUCAAUCGUAAAAAGUUGUGUCACGCUUGCCUUCACAAUCCACUUGAGCAUCUAGUCGGAGACGUGGUCGAAUUGAGUGCAUACAUCAGGACAAAUUGCACCAUGGUGUUCCGGAUUGUUCCAGUAAAGCUGUACUGUGGAGGAAAAUCGGAUACGGCGAUCCUGGACGAAGGUGCUUUCCGCCACCAGACAUAGUCGUCCACCUGAUUCUCUCUGGCUUUCGGAAAUGGCGGGCUACAUUCGGUGGCGACUUGAAGGAGAUGUUCCACCAAUUGAUGAUUCGCGCCGAGGACAAACAGAAGCAACAGUUUAUCUUCCGGGAUGAUCCACCAAGCAUGUAUGUGAUGGAAGUAGCGACUUUCAAAUCGACGAGUUCUGCCUGUUCAGAUUAGAGAGGAUUCGAGAUACAGUACUGGGUACCUAACACGCCAGAAGUACUACGAAGUCUGGGAGAAGAAAAACCUGCAGCGCCGGUUUAUUUCAGACGGGACAAGCAAACGUCAAAGGAGAGAGUGCUGGGAGUGAUCUGGGGUUCGAAUAUAGAUCAGUUCUCAUUCUCACCGAGACACCGUGAAGAGUUGCAGCCAUACGAGGAAAACCGGGCGACGAAAAUGUUCGUCGCAAGCGGCUUAAUGGGAUUGUUCGAUCCUCUAGCAGUCAUACCGCCGUUCACCAUCCACGAGAAAAUUAUUAUACAGCACUUGUGGCGUUCCAACUGUGAUCGGGACCAGGAAAUCGCCGCCACUUCUUGGGAACUUUAGAAGCGGUGGACAAGUUUGUUAUCAGAUGUUCAGGCUAUCCGAAUUCCCCUAUGUUAUCUCGGCGGUUCCAAAUCCGCUGAAGUGGCCUCAUUGGAAUUACAUAUAUUUGAUACCAGAGCGCACGGCGCCGGCGUAGUAUAUUUACGAGAAGUUCAUUGUAGUCUGAUGAUGUCUCGGGCUUAAGUGGAACCUAUAAACGCCAGUCAAUUCCCCGCCUGAAACUGAUGGGUGCCGUUCUGGAGCACGGUUGAAUCAAACAGUUGUGAUUAUGCACUCGUACUAAAUUACCCGCACUGUAUUCUGGACCGACUGUCAUAUCGUAUGGCUCAAUUUGGAUCAACACCGAUACAAGCAGUUCGUAGCAUUUCGGGUCGGUGAGAUACAAGAGUCAACGAAGGAGACAGACUGAAGCCGACCGAACUCCACACCGCAGUUGUACUGAUGAAAUGGGGGUUAGGUCCUCCGUUGCAAAGAGUCCUGUACCGCCCGUAGUUUGACCAACGCCAGCCUCGUCGACCGGAGAGGCAAACAAGGAAAUUAGAGGAGUCGUUCUAUUCCACGGAGUUAUCGGUGUGGAACCGAUUUUUCGCUAGACCAAACUAUUGUGAGUGACAGUCAGCGUAGUGCGUUUCAUCGCCAACUGCCGACGAAAGAGAAGAGGAGAGCCAAUAGUCACUAUACGAGCUACGGAGAAGCAGAGACAGGUGAUCGAAGCGAUGGAACAAAUUACGUGUCAAUGACAGCACCACUUGGACCGAAUGAGCUCCAUUGGGCUGAAAGAUUCCUGUGGCAGCAGGCUCAGUGGGACAGCUUCCUGGAAGAAAUGAGUGCACUAACCAGCAACUUGAAACGUCAGCCGGGCAACCCUAUGGAGAUAGUCAAGAAAAGUAGUUCAAUUUACAAGAGUUCACCGGUACUGGACAACGAUGGAUGGAUGCGCAUGGACGGCCGAGUUGCAAAUUCCGAGGAAAUUCCAUUCGACAAAAAGUACCCCAUAACCCUGUCGAGGUUACAUGAGGUUACACAGAAAUUGAUCCAGCACUAUCAAGAAGAAUUCGGACACCCCAAUUCGGAGACAGUUGUCUACGAGAUGACACAGCGGUUCCAGAUUGCAUAAAUGCGUACGGCAGUACAACAGGUCGUGAGUCUGGUGCAACGUCCACAAGAGCCGUCCUCGAUCACCAAGAAUGACCUCCCUUCCAGUUGAACGGUUCAAUCCUCUAAUGUUCGGGCUUUCAGCUCCGUGAGGCUAGAUUAUCUAGGUCUGGAGGAAGUCACGGUUGGACGGCGUAAGGAGACGCUCUUUAUAUUGAUAUGAGAAUUGAGCUCGACAAGCCUCUCGAACUUUACAAUUACUAACAGGUUCAAGGUAUCGCAUCGAAUGAGCAAUCGAUAUGAGAGUUUCUAAAAAUCGAUUUUUCAGUGGAAGGUCACCCGCUAACACUUCUAGACUCAUCAUAUGGGUCGAGUGCAUGCGAGCUAAAGUCAGCAGGUCGACCCGUACCGACAAUAUCGUUGUUUGGUACAACCUGAUCAGGUCUUCUGGGUAGGUACCUCACACUAUUUCGGUUAUUGUAAGCAUAAAGUUGGUCCUUUGUUAGCAUUUUUGUUUCAGAUACCUAAUGUGACAUCCCCAGGUACCUUUAGAGUCAAACCAUACCCCGAGAUAUUUGAAUGUUAAAACCUUAGCAAUAGUUCGACCCAUUAAUUAAAGCUGUAGUUGUGCCAAUUCACGAUUCCUUUGAAAUAUGACUAGCUCAUUUUUCUCCGUGGAGAAUUCGACAAGCAGCUGGAGGGCCCAAGCAGACAAAUUGUCCACGGUAUCUUGCAACGGUUCUUGCAAAUCGACAACUUUGGGACCUGUAAUAGACACCACACCAUAAUCUGCAAACAGCUUGAGCGUGCAGGAAUUGGCAAGACAUUUGUCAAUGUCAUUCACAUAAAAAGUGUUUUAGACAAGUUUUUUUUAAAAAGUUGUUUAAAAUCGGUGAAAGACCAUGCUGGUGCAGCUUCUUAGAAAAAAUGUAGAUGGAAACUGAAUCAAAACACUCUUAACAUCUACAAAUACCACUAAUGCCAUCUGAUCUUUGGUAGCGUAGACCAUUUGAAUUUGUGUUGAGGGCAUCGCAAGGCCAUCGUUCGUCCCUUUGCCUUUGCGGAAGCUAAUUUGUAUAUCUGACAGUAAGCCAUUUACUUUGACUCCAUUGUCGAUGCGGGCGAUACGAGUUGUGAUCGGAGGUUGGUUUUCCUGGUUUUUGAAUGACGAUGACUCACUUGCAUACAAUCAUGAAGGACAAUGUUACCCUCAAGAAACUUGUUAAAUAAAUUCAACAGACGUCUGUUGUCAAAUACAGGUCGAUUCUUCAACAAGUUAAUUUUGAUUCUGUCUGGCCCUGGGGCUUUAUUGUUACAUGAUAAGAAAGCAAGUGAAUACUUCACCAUAGCAAAAGGAGUUUCGUUCGCGUUAUCGUGAGGGGACGUGACGCGGUAAAUCUUCUUGUCCGGAACGGAAUAUGGACGAAAUCGAAUAGCUAACAAUUUGAAUAUUCCACGCUCUCGUUAGUACAGUUUCUGUUUCGCAUAUGAUGGACCGUGCCCCAAAGAGUGGUCAUCGAUGUUUCUCUCGUUAAUCCACCAACGAACCGGCGCCAGUAACUCCGUUUCUUGGCUUUCAUCAAAGUCGUCAUUCGCGUUUCUAACGUCGCGUACUGUAGAUAGCCAGCGGAUAAGCAUUCGUCUCGAAAGGCCUCAUACGCGGCGGCCUUCAUAGCGUAUACGUCUGGGUACUCUUUGUCCCACCAUGGGUUGGGAUAGUGUCCGCGGGAGUUCGCGUCUGGUACGCGUUGAGUCCUAGCUUGUGUGGACUCGAUUCUGUGGGAUAACGCUGAUGCUUCCGAUCAAUAUUUCGUUUGAGGUCAUACGAGACAUUGAUUUUAUUCAGUGUCCCUAAGCCGUUCAAUAUGAUCAUAAUGAAGUCAUAUAAAUUUCCCCCACAGUAUAGAAACUUUUCAAUAUCCCUUCCACAAGAAUCAUCCACAUGAUUCCCACCGCAUUUUCCACAAAAGGCUUUUUGCUGCAAUGGGUGGCUGUAUGUCCUAAUUGUUUGCAAUAAGUGCAGUUCGCGAUCAGCGGCACCAAAACGCGAACAGAACCGUCACCCGAUCCGAGUCUGAAUUGACAAAUACCCUCUUCCCAUAAACUAAGACUGAUGCUGAAUGCAAACGUUUGCAGUCUAACAUCUUCACUGGCCGAAUCAUGGUGUCUUUAGAACAAUGAACCUCAUGUGAAAGCUGAUCCGCGCAUUCCAAACUCGAAUCGCCGCCGACUCCGUCAAUUUCAAUCAGAUUUGCUGGUACAUAUACUCUGUACUUCUUCGUGAACGCCCGUAGUCAGCAAUAUCAUUUGCCUGUUUCAAACUAUUUACCACCACCCAAAGUUUAUCAGGGUGAAUAUUCGAUGUUUCUGUAACGGUCGAAUAUCACUCCAUCAUAACUCGAGAAAUUUGCAAUAAAUUCACUUUUCAGCUUUGGCCUGGAAAAGGAUGACGAAAGGCACGGUUGAGGACCAUGGAUAUAGCUUGAGUCGGGGAGCCGAUUAAUUUAGGGGAAGUCAAUUUUGCACGAGCCUAUUGCUCAGUGCAGAAUGUUAUUAUAGACAAGAAUAAGGCAUGUAUUAUUAUACAUAACGGUAUCGGCGGCUCACAAAAAAUUAAACACUGCUGCUUCGCAGCUCUGCUGAGAGAAUAACUGUUAACGCGCACAAAAGAAGAAAAAAUGCCAAAACCUCGACGGGGCAGAGAACGCCCUAGAUAGCCUUCAUAGCAAAGUAGCACUAUUCUUUAUAGCAUUAGGCCGUUAACAGAGUGGCGACGUGAAACUGAGCUAAGGCUGACAUUAGGAUGCGAGAUGCGGGAAAUUUGUUUACAGCAAAUUAAAGGGAACUUGUUAGAGUGAGAGUAGAAAAUAGGCGCAAAAUCCGCUCGGCUUCCCAAUUUCAGUAACCAACCCAAGCUCAGCUUCUAGCCACAACUCUGUAAGCGGCCUUACACUGUACAGUCUGGGAAGAUCGACUUAUCGGUCCGAGAGUCACCGAAUGAAUGCCUAAAAAUGAAAAUUUGCUUAAUAAACUGGCACUAUCUGUAUCGUCGAAAAAUCAAAAUCUUUACAUCUCCUCCACACUUAAAGCUUAGUUAGUAAGUUGAUUGCGUUGCACGCAGUUCACCUGGGUUCAAUUUUCAAUCCCCACCUAUGGGGUUAGAAAUGUUUCUAUUCCGAAAAACGAGACAUGGGAUCCUAUGGUUAAAAUUAAAGAUGCUUAAUCUCUCAAUAAAGUCUCGACAUGUCAUUUUGUUGUUCACCAUAUAUCGGUCAUUCCAAUCAAGCAAGAGCGCGAGCAUCGUAGGCUCCAAACAUUUCUUAUAGAAACAAGAAAAACAUUUUUGUUCUAGCGUUAAGGCUUGUGGACCAACUAAGUCUUUGCAAAAAAUAACUCUAUGCGCUGUCAUUUCCGAUUGACCAUUCUACACAUAACGACUAUCAUGAUUUCCAGUGAAGCAACCUUACACCAAGCUCGAGAGAGACCCUCCCUGUACAAAGACCACUAUAUAAUGACAAAAAAAACUUUAAAACAUUCACUAGUAACUUUAAAAUAUAUUUAAAAUAAAAGGAGAAAAAUGACAGAUUAUAUAUAUUUAGUAUCGGACCGCUAACAGUAAGACGGUAGAAAGAAAAACAUUUCCCGGCAUUGAAACACAACAAAACUCUCGUACGUAUAUAUUUAGAGGGCAACAGACGAAAACAAAAAAAAAACGAAAAAAAUCGUGAGACUGAUACACUAUAUUGCUCAAAAUUCCAGAUUUGCUCCGUUUAUUACUUUAUUUGUAGAUUGAGUUAUAAUCAGCAUACGACAAAAAGCAAACCGAAGCUACCAUCUCAAAUGGUAGAAUAGUUUACAAUAAAAAAUCCGGUCACGGUCAAGGUGAAUGCGCAUAGCGACCCACCUUUCGGGUGCACCCUUUUCAUUUAGCAUUUUGAACAAACCCCGAAACCAAACAGCCAAAUUCAUUCGCGUGGAUAAAUUUUGCCUAAUAGACUCAGUUGCUUUCGACAGGCAGGAUAUUAUUAAGCUCAGGCAGGUCAGUAUAGAACUGUGGUGACACACGGCGGGAACGGAAAAGGUGUGUUUCAUGAAAUUUUCUUGUCGCGAGACACCAUGAACUAAAAUACUAUUACUAAUUACUAGAUCGAGAUAGGUAUCAGUCUGUAGUUUGUAAGAUAAUGAAAUUAUGAUCAUGAAUCGAAAGGUAAAAAUGAACAUAGAAGAAACCGUAUCACCAACACAACACUAAUUAUAUAUAUUCGCCGAUUGACGAUUGAGAUUGCAUACAUGGAUCAAGUGGGGGAGAGACAACCUUUCAAACAACUAUGAAAUCAAGAAAAAUAUUUAAAAUAAAACCAAAAAAAAGUUCAAAUAAAUUUGAAAUGCUUGAA